CGAAAACAGAAAGCAUGGCAGCAGGACAGGCAACUUCGAAAGCUAAACUAGAGGCGUUAAAUGGGCUGUUCGCAGUUUAUAAAAAACAAGGACCCACCUCGGCGGAUGUAUUAAACACACUGAAAAUAAAAUUAUUAGGAGAAGUCGGUAUAAAACACAAUCCCCGAAAGAGGAAGAAGCAGGCGCUGAAGCUCGGCCACGGCGGGACGCUGGACAGUCCCGCUUCAGGGGUGCUGGUGGUCGGCAUUGGAAACGGUACCAAGAUGCUGAGCUCCAUGCUGACGGGCUCCAAGAAGUACACAGCUGUGGGAGAGCUGGGAAAGGCCACCGACACCCUGGACGCCACAGGCAGUAUCAUACGGCAGGAGGCGUAUGAUCACAUCACCAGGGAGACCUUUGAGGAGAAACUGAAGAAAUUCACAGGCGACAUCAUGCAGGUGCCUCCACUGUACUCUGCUCUGAAGAGGGAUGGCCAGCGCCUCUGUGUGCUGCUGAAACAGGGCCACCAGGUGGAGGCCAAGCCAGCGCGAGCCGUCACUGUGUACAGCCUGACCCUGCAGGACUUCAGCCCCCCGCUCUUCACUCUGGAUAUCGAAUGUGGUGGGGGUUUCUACGUCAGGAGCUUGGUGGAUGAUCUUGGCAAAGAGCUGGCGUCCUGCGCCCAUGUUAAGGAGCUGAUUCGAACGAAGCAGGGCCAGUUCAACCUGGAGGAGCACGCACUUCCCGAGGAGAGAUGGACCAUCGAUGAGGUGGCCCGCUCCCUCCAGCCCUGUCCCAGCCCCUCCAAUCCGGAGCCUGGGAAGGACAGCAGCCAGCAGGCAGAACCACAGAACGACCACGAGGACCAGGAGAGCGCGGAGAGAGAGUCCUAACCACCGGCUCCAUGGCAACAGCAUGCCUGCAUUUCCCACAACCCCACGCUGCUGGGGAUGUGAGCCGAGGAUCCGGACGGUCAGGCCGGCAUGUGUCAGAGGAGAUGACAUCCAUGGGCCCCCCUGUCCUGUACAAUCCCAGAGGAGUUACCCAUAAUGCAGUGCCCAAAUGCAGCCUCUGGGAUCCAUCAUUUGCUCCUCCACAUUGUAGGUAAAAUAGAGAGUAGUGUUCAGCAGUUUAUAAUGGAGAACCAGGAGCAGGAGAGGUGUGUUAGAGUGACAUUCCAUGUGUCUCACAAGUUAUUUUUAUUGUUAUUAUCAUUGAUAUUAUUAUAUGAACCUGGGCUGUAAGGAGAGGAAUUUUAUCUGCUGUUGCUUAAAAAUGACCUUUGCAUUACUUUGGAGCAGGAACAGAGUAUUGCCAGGUAAACUGCAGCAGCUGGAGGGUUGGCCUCUGUCCCCUGUGUCACAGAGGCUGCGUUUGAGUGAUGACAUAUUAGUAAUUCAGCAUGGAGCGGGGCUUGUAAACUAGAUUCACGUUGGAUUUGACUGUUAAAACCUGCAGCAUGUUUAUAUUGCUGUUGAAAAGAAAAAGGGAAACGUCUCCAUUUGAUUUUUUUUUUUUUUACUCUGAUUCAUGUCAAAGAACAAGAAUAAGGCAUGAUGGCAGCAUGAUGAGUUAUGUUAUGUCUUCAUAGGAAUGAAUUUACUGCAGAUUUGCUUAAAACAAUGGCCUUGACAAUGAUAAGAGUAGGGUGGCCGUUUCUUUUUCAUUUC